CCAUCAGCAUCGAAAACUCGCCAAGAAACGAUUGGGGUCUUCCAUGUAGUGGAUUUUCUCGGAUUAUGUGUCGCAACAUACAUAACACCGUGUUKCAUGUUCUUUUCCAGUUCAAUGACAGCCGGUGUUUGUACCGUGAACAGUACUGAAUUAGAAAUGGGAGGUACGCGCGAAUACUUGGCAUUGAUUGCAUGAUUUGUUUCAAUUCUGAUAGUAUUUUUGAAUGGCUCGAAAAAAAUAUUCCAGCUGCAUUAUUUCCUUUUAUUAUGAAGGUAAACCAUGUUAMUGUACUUUCAUCUGACUAAGUAAAGUAGAACGUCAGUUACGACCUGUUCGCCUAUACUGGUGGUGUAUUCAGGUCUGGUGAGUGCUCUAGCGGUCAGCCUCUUUUACAAUUACAUUUURACUUACAUUCUGCCAGCUCUAACAACCAGGUCAAAUGUGCCAGAAAAUGGUCACAUCGAAUUAUGAGUGAACAUUGAACCAUGGCAAUAAGAAAGGUAAUCUAAUUUUGUCUACUAAUUGUCUCGAAGGAAAACUGGUACCAAACAUUGCUCGUAAUGUUGUCUUCGUCUGAGGCAUUUAGACGAAACUGGAUACACUUUCCCUGCAAUCACGUAACUAAUGUGAUAAUACAACCGUUGUGUGACACGAAUUUUUGAUAUUAUUUUAUUCUAAGUAUUGUAAGCGUUUUAUAAAAUUGUUCAACAAAAUGGAAUCGUAAAACAUGAAUUUAGUAGACGUCAAUCAAACGGCGUUGAUCCAUGUAAACUGAUCGAGAAAUUGUUCCUUGCGAAUUCACAAACGUCAGUUAUUAUACUCCAACGAUCAGUCGUGCGAGUACACGGAAGCUAUUCCAURAUAAUUCCGUUUGUUUUCGUGAUCCAGUCCAGUCCAGGAUUACAUUUCUAUGAUAUUAUGGUACAUAAAAAAGAGCGUUCAACMGUGUUCUCUACAAGUACAGCCAUAAUCAGACAUAUACUGUAGUUCAAAAGAACAUCUCAGUUUGUUCCUGAAAUAUUAAAACUGUACWCUAUCAGUUCAAUUAACGUUAACUUAAAACUGUCACUUAGAGAUACCAGUCAAUUAUAUCAAUAUUUGUUGAUUGUCAGAGUUCUGGUGUAGAAAUUCGUUGAUGGUCCAACCCCUGUACUAGUAAUAGAAACACUGUAGAAGACUGGGAAUAUAGCCCUCGAACGAUCGCUGCAACAUGGAAGAAAGUACUAUGCCACUUAGGAAGACAGACAUGGAAGUAGCRGAUGCACAAGCAGCAGAAAAAGAAGAAAAGGUGYUGAAAUUUGGAAGGAGAACAAACAGAAGAGCAAUAAUUAUUGGCGUUGUCGUUGCUGUCGUUGUCGUCGCUAUAAUUGUUGCUGUUGUAGUUACUGUGGUUACUCUUAAGAAGUCGACAACUCAGAAAACUAGUACAACUGAUACCUCGUCAAAAUCGCCGCCUCUUCUUUCCACGUUACCAUCCCCUACUUCUCCUCCCCCGCUACCCACCGCACCACCCAAUGCAGACGGUCCGUACCGGGAAGCCGUAGUGGCCGCAGACUCGGGAAAAUGUUCAGAAAUCGGACGAGAUAUAAUGCGUGUAAAGAAGGGUUCUGCAGUGGACGCAGCUAUUGCUACGCUAUUUUGUAUUGGUGUCAUGAACAUGCAUUCCGCUGGUAUUGGUGGAGGUGGCUUUAUAGUUGUCUACAAUCGUUCUAAUAAUUUUACUGAAACUUUUGAUUUCCGAGAACAAGCUCCAGGAGUUUCCCACCAGGACAUGUUUGUUAAUGGCACGUUAAACUCACGAGUGGGAGGUGCAGCUUCUGGAGUACCAGGGGAGGUAAGGGGCUUCCUUACCGCUUGGAAAAAGUACGGUCGGUUGCCAUGGAAAGAGCUUGUUCAACCUUCGAUUGACCUGACAAAAAACGGACUGCAAAUUGGAGAAAAUGUAUAUUACGCCAUGACAAGGUCAUCGGUUAAACAGUACAUUUUUAGCGAUCCUGGUUUGAGAGAGUUGCUGGUCAACGAAACAGGUCAAUUGAAGCAAAAAGGAGAAGUUAUAAAGAUGCCAAAGCUUGCAAGAACACUUGAACGUAUAAGCGAAAAUCCUGAAGACUUUUACACUGGUGAACUUGCUAAAGACAUCGUGAGUGAAAUAAAGGAAGCAGGAGGUUUGAUCACGCUUGAUGAUAUGAAGAAUUAUACGGUGAAGAUCAGGAAGACAUUAGUAGGGACCCUAGGGGACUAUCAUUGGUAUUCCAUGCCUCCCCCUGGAAGUGGCAGUGUGCUGGGAUUGAUUCUUAACAUACUUAAAGGUUACAAUAUGAAUUCUGAAUCAAGAAAAGACACCAAUAGCUCCAUUCUGACAUAUCAUCGUAUCACCGARGCUUUUAAGUUUGCAUAUGCUUACAGAGCGCUGCUUGGCGAUCCUGACUUUGUUGACUUAACUCAUGUUCUUAAAAACAUCACCGAUCCAAAUUUCGGUGAAUCCCUACGUCAACGUAUCUAUGACAACAUGACUUUUACGAAUUAUCGUUACUAUGGAGACUUCUACUCAGCCCAAGGUGGAGGAACAUCACACAUGUCACUAAUGGCGCCUAAUGGCGACGCUGUAUCAGCUACUACCACCAUAAACCUCUUCUUUGGAAGUAAAUUCCGUGGUCCCAAAACAGGAAUUAUGUGGAACAAUGAAAUGGAUGAUUUUUCAAUUCCCAACAAAAAGAACGCUUUUGGCGUUUUACCAUCUCCUGCUAACUAUGUCAUGCCUGGCAAAAGGCCAUUGUCAUCUAUGGCUCCAUCAAUAUUUGUCGAUAAAAAUGGUGAAGUAAGAAUGGUGUCUGGAGCAUCAGGUGGGACAAGAAUAACAACAGCAACAUCAUUGUCUGUCAUGAACUUCUUGUGGUUUAAUCGUACUUUAUCACAAUCGGUCACCGAUCCCAGAAUCCACCAUCAGCUGAUGCCAAUGUAUAUCAGAGUUGACCGAGACUAUCCGAUCUCCCAGGAAAUCAUCGAUGGAUUAGAAAGACUUGGUCAUGAUGUAAGGAAGAUAAGUGGUUUUGCUGUUGUACAGGCCACUGCUAAAGACAAAGACGGGUUGCUUUUCGGGAAAUCAGACCCCAGAAAAGGAGGAUGGGCUGCUGGCUAUUGACAAGAAAACCGUCUGAACGAACACUAUAUCGUUGAACACACACUAUAUAUCGUUGAACGCACACUAUGUCGUUGAACACACACUAUAUAUCGUUGAACACACACUAUAUCGUUGAACGCACACUAUAUCGUUGAAAACACACUAUAUAUCGUUGUUUAUUUCUGUUUAUCGUUUUUGUGAUCGAAACCAAUCAUUAUAGUUUAGAAUCAUAUGUUUUUGAAAGGAAUGCUCAGGAGUUUUAGCACUAGUUUUUACCGGACUGAUAUACAAUAAACGCAAUAUGACUGUUCUUUUUUUGUUAUGACCUGUUUUACAAUCUUUUUUUCAAAUCGCUUUUUUAAUGAAUUUCUAGAAUAUUUGACCUGAAAAAGCACGUUGAGACACAAAUGAAAAUCUCUAAGAUGUUGUUUUGAACUAUCGUGAGUUCUAUAUUAAAAAUUGUACUAUCGAAGUUAAAAAUAUGAGGAAAAAAAACGCAACAAGGGUGUGCUAAGUACUUUCCUAUCACUAUCCAGAACAUUCCCUGCACAGAAAUAACGUGUUUUUUACAACAAAUACUGUUUGGUUUGUACAUAUUACAUGAUAAAAGCACUAUGAUUUCUUAAUUAAAAUUAUCAGUAGUAUAUU